AUGAGUAUUGAAGAAUACAUCCGUGAGUUUGAACAACUCAAAAUGAGAUGCGACGUUCCAGAAGUUCCGGAGCAAACCGUCGCUCGUUUCCUUGGCGGCAUGAAUAGAGAAAUUGCUGAUAUGGUUGAACUUCAACCGUAUUGGUCCUUUGAAGACGUUUGUAAGCUAGCCAUAAAAGUUGAGAAGCAACUGAAAGGCAAGAGGUUUUCCUCCAGAACCUCAACCAAGGCGACAUCCUAUUUUAAAGGUGCUUCCUCAAGCAAGGUCGAAAGCACGUCGACCAAAGACAAAGGAAAGGAGAAGAGCACAGAGCCUUCCAAAGGAUUUCAGAAGAAACUUGAAGGCGAUGCGAGGAAAUGCUUUAAGUGCCGUGGUUUUGGACAUUUUCAAGCAAAUUGUCCAAAUCGGCGAGUUAUGACUCUUCAAGAAAUUGAGGAGAUCAAUUCGGCACUUCAAGAGGCUGAAAGCAAUCCGGACCAAAAUGGUUCCGAAUCUGAAAAGGAAGAAGAAGUUAUGGAGAAAGCAGAUGAUGGCGAAAUGUUGAUCAUACGAAGAGCAUUGCAUGCUGAAGUUUCUCUUGAUAAUGAGCAAAGGGAGAACAUCUUUCACACCCGUUGUACUAUUAACGGGAAGGUAUGUUCGGUGAUUAUCGAUGGUGGGAGUUGCACCAACGUUGCUUCGACAACCCUUGUCGACAAGCUGAAGCUUCCAACAACGAAACAUCCUCAACCGUACAAGCUCCAAUGGCUCAAUCAAGGAAAUGAUCUCAAGGUAACCAAACGAGCUCUUAUAUCGUUUUCGAUUGGGAAGAACUAUCGAGAUCAAGUUCUAUGUGAUGUGAUUCCCAUGGAUGCAUGUCACUUGUUAUUGGGAAGACCUUGGCAAUAUGAUAUGAAUUCUAUGCAUGAUGGUCGUAAGAACACAUACUCUUUUCGGAAGGAACAAAAAUGCAUCAUCCUUUUACCCUUGAAUCCUUCAUUGAUACAUCGAAAUCAACCUGGGGAGGGAAACACUGGUAAGGAAAGUUUGUUCUUAAAUGAAACACGGGUUGAGAGAGCCAUUAGCAAACAAAAGAAUGUAUUUGCUUUGCUUAUGGUAGAGAAAAAGAGUGAGAUAGAGCGACCCAUUCAUCCAAAGAUGCAUCGCUUGUUGAAAGAUUUUGCAGAUGUGUUCCCAGAGGAUUUGCCACCUGGAUUACCUCUCAUAAGAGGUAUUGAGCACCAAAUUGAUUUGAUCCCCGGCGCUCCUCUACCGAACAAACCAGCUUAUCAAUGCAAUCCGGAGGAAACAAAGGAGUUACAAAGACAAGUCGAUGAACUUAUCGACAGAGGAUAUGUUCGAGAAAGCAUGAGUCCAUGUUUUGUUCCGGCUCUACUCGUGCCCAAGAAAGAUGGUUCAUUCAGAAUGUGCGUUGAUAGCCGAGCCAUCAACAACAUCACCAUUAAGUAUAGGUACCUUAUACCUAGACUUGAUGAUAUGCUUGAUGAAUUGUAUGGUUCUACUGUCUUCUCAAAGAUAGAUUUGCGAAGUGGUUAUCACCAAAUCAGAAUGCGAGAAGGUGAUGAAUGGAAGACGGCUUUCAAAACCAAGGGAGGCCUUUAUGAGUAG